AUGCUGUCAGAUCAGAAAGCUAUUCCGGUAGCCAUUAUACGGUCGGACUCAAGUGAUGAGGUCGCAUAUGACUCCAUUGAAGUUAAGUGGACCCCUCAUCAAAUUUCUAAAUUAUCGAACCUUGCCCGCGGGAUUAUCAGACACAAUGAUACAUACAGUCUGAAGUGUAACUUCACUGAAUUAAGCAAAGAGUUCAGUGUGAAAAAAGAACUGAUUUACAAAAAGCUAAUCGAGGUAUACUUCGAACUUCAAGAAUGCCACCAUGACCUUGCAAGCAUGGAGUUAGAUGUCAAAAAAGGUAGGAACGAAAAAGGCGAAAAUGUAAGUAUAGUCUCAAAGGCUCCUAUAAGUCAUCUUUCAAUGCUCAAAUUGGGCAGCAAUUCAUCAGGUCCUGAAGUAAACUCAGCUAAAGAGGAGUGGCACCCAGAUGCUCGGUCAUUAAAUAAAUUGGGAUUUUUCUCAAGUCAUCUCGGUUACGACGACAAAAGUGAGGGACCCGAUGACUCUGGAAGUCUUGACCUUCAGGGUGAGACCUCGGCUUAUCUAUACCGAUCGAAAUUUCUUCUUAAGUCAGAAGCAGUGCAUAAUCCCGUCCCAGAUACUGAGUCACGCGACGAUGAACUUGACAGGAGCGACGAAUUACUUCUUACUGGUACUACCGAAAGCCUAAGUAAUUCAUUACUAGAGCAGGUAAUACUAGAGAGGCUCUAG